CGCGACGGUUUCUAAUGGGUUUCAAACGAACAAGAGACGGAGAGAUGGCGGACGCAAAGCCUGAGCAGUCCGCAUCGCCGUUCGUGGCGAUGUUUGAGGGCUUCCGGAAAGAACUAGACGAGCAUCACGACCGCCGCGAGAGGAUCAUUAAGGCGUCGCGCGACAUCACCGCGUCGAGCAAGAAAAUCAUCUUCACAUUGCAGAGAGUCCGCACAGUUGGGCAACCAGUCCCUGCCUUCGUCACUAAGAACAACGCGCCAUACUGGGAAACCAUUGAAAAGCAAUAUGCCAGCAUUGCCGCCGACCUCCAAGGACUCAAUGCCUACCGCUACUCUCACAAUAUCACGGGCGGCAACCAGGAGUUUAUGGAAGCACUCAGCUUCCAGCAUUACCUGGAAAUGCAGUCACUUAUCUCGUAUGAAGAGUCAAAGUCACGGAUUUCGAAAAUGAGUGGAGAGGCUGGGGACGUAUCGCUGACGCCAGAGGACUACGUGUUGGGGAUUUGCGACAUGACGGGUGAACUGAUGCGGUUUUCAGUCACGAGCAUGGCUACGAGCGGGAGCUUGCCGUCGGGCAAACAGACUGCUCCUAACAAGAGAGUCAAGAAAGAUAAAGAUCAAGAGGAUGCGAGCGACCAAAUGGAUAUCGAUGAGCAAACGCCGACUGUGGAUGAGGCUCAGAGACCGAGGACUGUCUUGGACGACCUUCGAGCGAUUCGGCUGCAGCUUGAGAUGUUCGAGGCUCCGGGUGGGUCCAAGUUUGGGCAUGAUCUAGAGACAAAGAAGAUGCCAGUUAUGCGGGAGUGUGUAGACAAGGUGGAGAAGGCGCUGUAUGGGCUCACUGUGAGAGGUUCGGAGAGGCCCAAGGGCUGGCUGCCUGACAUGAGCAGCGGUGGGCGCGCAGAGGUGGAAAGCUACUGAGUGGCUCUAGUUGGGAUGGAGAAUGAUAAUUAUACCGCUCCUAUCAAGUGCAGAGCCUGGUAUUAUUCCCUUCUCGCGUUAUCUGUGGCUGUGCAGUGAAGUUGUGCCGCUCACAUCCCCACA